AUGGCAGGUCGUGGACAUGCUGAAGCAGUCGUAAUGAAUCUAUUGAAUGGUCUUUCGGGAUGUUAUCGAACCGUGGUGGCUGACAACUUCUUUACUAGUAUUUCUCUAGCAAAACGUUUGUUGGAACAGGAUACGUAUCUUAUUGGAACAUUGAGAAGUAAUCGUACUGGAUCAGGAUAUGAAGUUGUUCAGAAAAAGCUCAAGCCUGGUGAGCUAGCUUAUUUUAAACUACAUGGACAUAAACAUGCACCAACUGAUGAAAUAGCAUCCACAAGACGUUUUUAUCGUGGAAGAACUGAAACAUCACGAACUUGUAUACCAGAAGUGGUUGCAUGGUGUCGUGCAAUGAUAAAUUCAAAUAGUCAAUUAACAGUAAAAUUUAUUUUUCUUCUUAUUGGUGGCAGUGGUAAUUUUAUUCCAUCUGUGAGUUGUAUUGGUUUCACUAUAACAGUAGGUGGAACAGCACCAAUAUGUUUCAAUGGUUAUGGGGUGUUUUAUCGGCUUGGUAGUGAUGCAAUAACAUUUGUUGUUGCUGCAUAUUGA